AUGCCUGCACGCGGUGUGUCGAUGGAGCAAGACUCUCGAUUUAAAAACAAGGAGGACAUUCUUCUCAAGACUACCAAGUUUCCGUCCAUACUUAGCGAGCGUGUGGACGCGUCAAAAAUAAACAUGUCUGUGAUGCGUCCAUGGAUUGCCAUGCGUGUUGAGCAAAUGAUGGGCUUUGAUGACGAUAUCCUCGUGGAGCUCGUCGUAAGUCUCUUGGAAGCGGAUCAAUUUCCGGAUGCUCGCAAGAUGCAGAUUUCUCUCACAGGAUUUUUGGAACAGCGGGCGGCUCCAUUCAUGAACGAGCUCUGGCGUCUUUUGCUCAGCGCGCAAGAGUCAGUUGGUGGUGUUCCACGUGCAUUUGUUGAGCAAAAGAAACGCGAAAUGCAGGCUACCCGUGAACAAACGUCAUCGGUCAUGUCAGAAUUUCGUCGACGACAAGCACCCUCGGCAUCACCAGGUUCAAGUUUCCAGGCACACGAGCGGCGCUGGGAUCGCGGGCGCUCACCCAUAGAACGUCGAAACAGUGACGCGGAGCGAUCGUCGUCGUCGUUGUCGCGUCCAUCCAGCUGGCGGCACCGAGCAGCGCCUCCUUCGUUGCGCGAGCGUGAUCAUGGCUGGGGCUCGCGAGCUCGAAUGCGUCGCCACUCCGAGCGUGACUCUGAGUCUCGUUGUGCUGAAGAGCGGGAUGAUUUUGGUCGUGCGCGGCGACGGGAAGAGUCCCCUGAGUACAGUCCUCCGCCAGCCCGAAGUCGUUCUGCUUCGCCGGGACAUGAUCCACAAUGA